AUUUCCACACGCUUUGAUCAGAAACCUCGAAACACGGGCAUGGGUAGUGUACGAGUGUAAGAGACGAAGAAGCCCUCCUCUAUCUCUUCCCUUCAUUAAGCUUUCUGGAACAAACAGAACGGUACUAAGCACCCUCCACACCCACACACACAGUACACACUGUUAGAAUUAUAUGAGAAAAUGGGGGACACGGCGAGGAGGAUUGUAGCAUCAAGUGGGAGAGUGAUAAACAAAGGAGUGAGCUGGUUUGUGUUUUGUAUUCUUGAUCUUCUAGAUAUUGUACUUUGUGUGGUGUUUAAGGUGGUGGAUUUGGUGGUGGAGGGAGAAUGGAAGCCUUGUUAUUGCUCGUCGGGAUCUGCGAAGGAAGCCAUCAGAAGCGGAGGAGGUAAUAUCUUGGUGUCGGAGCACGGCGGCGAGUCGAAGAUCCUGUCUCUGACGACCUCCUCGAAGAUAUUGCAGCUUGAGGAUAUCUCCGACACCCUCUUCUCUCGUCCUUCCUUGGUGUCUCAGUUGAAACGCCUCCACAUUGAUUCCUCUCAUAAGAACAGCAAUACAUCGUUCACCGUCAACUCCACCAUCGUCGAGAUGCUCGGAAGAAGACAGCACGGCCAACACCCCGCCACCGCCAGAUGGUCCGACUGUGAUUGCACGCUAUGCACAGGUUGGAUCUCUCCUUCUUCCAAAGGCAAACUCUUCGUCAGAACUCAAGGACCCAUCAUGACCACAGGGGGGAUGAGAAGAGGAGAAGAUGUGUUGUUUAUACAUGGAUUUAUAUCGUCGUCGUUGUUCUGGGCGGAGACAUUGUUUCCGAACUUCUCCGGCAAGGUGAAGUCGAGUUAUAGGUUGUUUGCGGUUGAUCUGCUUGGGUUUGGAAGAAGUCCGAAGCCAAGUGAGUCGCUAUACACACUGAGAGAGCAUUUAGAGAUGAUUGAGACGUCGGUGUUAGAGCCUUACAAGCUUCAAUCGUUCCACAUUGUGGCUCAUUCUCUGGGAUGCAUCCUCGCGCUGGCCCUCGCCGUUAAAUACCCUCGUUCCGUCAAGUCCCUCACCCUCCUUGCCCCUCCAUUUUAUCCGGUGCCGAAGGCGUCGGCGGCGCAGGCGACGCAGUAUGUAAUGAGCAGAGUGGCGCCGCGGCGCGUGUGGCCGCCGAUCGCGUUCGGGGCGUCCAUGGCGUGCUGGUACGAGCACAUUACGCGAUUGAUUUGCUUCGUCAUCUGCAAGAACCACCGCCUGUGGGAAUUUCUCACCAAACUCAUCACCCGAAACAGGUUAAGGACAUUCUUAAUGGAAGGUUUCUUCUGUCACACUCACAACGCAGCCUGGCACACCCUUCACAACAUCAUAUGUGGCACCGCCGGCAAGAUGGAAGCCUAUUUGGACGCCGUGAGGGACAACCUUAACUGUAAAGUCACCGUCUUUCACGGCAAAGACGACGAGCUCAUCCCUCCCGAAUGUAGCCACGAGCUCCAGACAAGAAUCCCUCGUGCCAACGUUAAUGUCAUCGAUAACAAGGACCACAUUACCAUCGUUGUUGGUCGACAGCAAGUUUUCGCUCAAGAACUCGAGCAAAUCUGGACCACCACUUGAUCGUCGUCAUCAUUAAACUCACCAAACCUAGCUAUCUCCAUCUCCAAUUGUGGCAAUAUAUCACUACGCAUCUCUUUCUUUCUUUCUUUUUCCUGUUCAUUUUUCUUGUUCUCUAUAUUGUUCUCUUACAGCUAAGCUAGCGUCUGAGUGAUCUCCAAGAUGUGAUGGGUGCCAGCUACUGCAAUAUAUAAUAGGCUUGCAACCAAUUAAAGAAGGAAACAAUAAUGAAUGAAUAUGCGUUGGAAAUA